AUGGGAGCUGCAUUUCAGGGUAUAUCUACAGAUUUCAAAGGAAGAAUAAAAUAUUACAAACAUGAUUGGGUUUCUGCAUUUUCUUCUGGUGCUAGAAUAUUGGCACCAACAUUCUACAUAUUCUUUGCGUCCGCUCUUCCUGUCAUUGCUUUCGGAGAACAACUAAGCAGAGACACAGAGGGACGGUUGAGCGCAGUAGAAGCAUUGACAUCCACAGCACUAUGUGGAAUUAUUCAUUCAAUAUUUGGAGGACAACCUUUAUUGAUUUUAGGAGUUGCCGAACCAACUGUUAUAAUGUAUAGUUAUCUUUACAAAUUCAGCAUAAGCCUUCCUGCAAUUGGCAAAGAGCUCUUUUUGCCUUGGGCUGGAUGGGUUUGUGUAUGGAGUGCACUUUUCUUGAUUCUACUUGCAAUUUUUAAUGCUUGUUCAGUUAUCACAAGGUUUACAAGAGUUGCAGGCGAAUUAUUUGGCAUGCUAAUUACAGUUCUCUUUUUUCAGGAGGCUGUAAAGGGAGUAGUCGAGGAAUUCAGGGAGCCAAAAUCUGAACAUGGAGAAAAAGCUGAAUUCUAUUGGCAAUACAUUAACGGAUUGUUUGCAGUCAUUUUCGCUUUUGGAGUGCUUCUCACUUCCAUGCAGACCAGGAAAGCAAGAUCAUGGCUAUAUGGAACAGGGUGGAUGAGGAGCCUUCUUGCGGAUUAUGGUAUUCCCUUGAUGGUAGUGUUAUGGACAGCAGUAUCUUAUGCUAAGCCAAGAGGUGUUCCUAAAGAUGUUCCUAGAAGGUUGGAUUCUCCACUUCCAUGGGAACCUCAAUCUCUCUAUCAUUGGACUAUAGUAAAGGACAUGGGGAAGGUGCCGAUUCCUUAUAUAUUCGCGGGGAUUAUUCCGGCAGUGAUGAUCGCGGGAUUAUACUUUUUCGAUCAUAACGUUGCUUCCCAAAUGGCUCAACAACAUGAGUACAAUCUUCAAAAGCCAUCUUCCUACCACUAUGAUAUGCUUUUGCUUGGAAUAAUGACUCUGAUCUGCGGUCUCCUGGGCGUUCCUCCCUCAAACGGAGUCCUUCCGCAGUCUCCAAUGCAUACAAAAAGUUUGGCAGUUCUUAAGAGACAGAUGCUCCGAAAGAAAAUGGUGAAAAGUGCCCGGGAAUGCAUUAGGAUGAACAAGACCAAUUCUGAGAUAUACGGAGAGAUGCAUGAUGUUCUCAGACGAAUGGAUGCUGAGCCUACUGUAAGUAUUAUUGCUAGAGAGUUGCAGAAUUUGAGAGAAGCUGUAAUGAACCCUGACAAUAAGGAUGGAACUUCUAAAGGUUUUGAUCCUGAGAAACACAUAGAUGAGCACCUACCAGUCAGGGUUAAAGAGCAAAGAGUGUCCAACUUAUUGCAGUCCGUUCUGAUCGGCCUAUCCGUUUUAGCAAUCUCUGUUAUCAAAAGGAUACCUACCUCCGUUUUAUGGGGAUAUUUCGCUUACAUGGCAAUCGAUAGUUUACCCGGCAAUCAAUUCUGGGAAAGGAUACUACUUCUCUUUGUCACUAAGAGCCGCCGUACCAGAAUUUUGGAAGGUUCUCAUGCCUCAUAUGUGGAGACAGUACCAUAUAAAACGAUAGUUACUUUUACAGCCUUGCAAAUAUUAUACUUUGGAAUCUGUUUUGGGUUGACAUGGGUGCCAGUAGGUGGAAUCUUGUUUCCACUACCAUUCUUCCUUCUCAUUGUUAUUAGGGAACGCUUGCUUCCCAAAAUGUUCAACCCGGACCAUCUCAAAGAACUUGAUUCCUCUGAAUAUGAGGAGGUUGAGGGUGCUCCGCAACUGGUAGGAUCCAUUGUCCUUCUUUUGUUCGAUAAAUUAUUAUCUCGUUUCGGAGAAGAAGAUGAGUUCUGUGAUGCAGAGCUAUUGGAUGAGAUGACAACACACAGGGGAGAGUUGAAACAUAGAAACGUGAGCUUCGAUAGAGGCCAACGCACCUCAGUUGAUCAUGUUUGA